GCAAUCCACAAGCAGUUCAAGAAGAAGGGUGCCCACGCUGACGAGUAAUGAAUGACUCGCCCCCGACUUCCCUCGACACUCUUUAUACUAUUCCAAUCAACUGGCCUCCUCGACGACGACAUAUCCAACUAUCCGGACAUUGCAGCGUUCACGUCAAAUGACGGCGAUGAUGGCAAUGGCGAUGACGGAUACCAGAUAUGUGCUCGCGCUGUCGGCGAGGAUCGGCAUAUGGUUCCAAAAGGGAAGAGCGGUGCUCGCCUGCCUUGAAUGAAGUGGAUGGCGAGGUAAGCUUGCUGCAUGCCCGGUGUAUCUGGCCUUUACUGUGUAGGUAGAUUGAGGU